CUUCUUCAUCAAGUCUUUAAGAAAAAGAGAUCAAUUUUAAAUACAUAAAUAAUAUAUAUAUUCUUGUAUUAUUAUUAUUAUUAUUAUUAUUAUUAUUAUUAUUAUUAUUAUUAUUAUUAUAUAUUCUUUUUACUAAAAAUAAAUAAAAUGGUAGAGUUAAUAAUAAAAAAUUGUAGUGUUUUGUUGAUGAAUUUGUUGAUGUUGUUGGGGAUGAUAUUUGAAGGUGUGAAUGGUAACCGUUGGUCAAGAGGCCAUGCUACUUUCUAUGGAGCUAAUCAAAGUCCAGCAACUCUUGGGGGAGCUUGUGGAUAUGACAACACUAUCCAUGCUGGUUUUGGAGUACAUACAACAGCACUUAGCGGCGUUUUAUUCAGAAAUGGGCAAGCAUGUGGGGCUUGUUACCAAGUAAUGUGUGACUAUAAAGCAGACCCACAAUGGUGCCUUCGCCGGCGAAGGGUCACCGUUACAGCCACCAACUUCUGCCCACCAAACAAUCAAGGCGGGUGGUGCGACUCGCCUCGACAACACUUUGACAUGGCCAUGCCUUCCUUCCUUCGUAUUGCUCGCCCUGGGAAUGAAGGCAUUAUUCCAGUCCUUUUCCAACGGGUAUCAUGCCAAAGGCGAGGCGGAGUCCGAUUCACAAUGAGAGGGCAAGGCAACUUCAACAUGGUGAUGCUCUCUAAUAUUGGUGGUAGUGGAGAUGUGAAGGCAGCUUGGGUUAGAAGUUCAAGUGCUAAAAGAUGGGUGCCAAUGUCUAGGAAUUGGGGUGUUAAUUGGCAAAGUGGCACAGACCUAAGGAACCAAAUGCUCUCUUUUAAACUCACUUUGGUUGAUGGAAAAUCCAUGACUUUCUAUAAUGUUGUUCCUUCUUCUUGGAAAUUUGGCCAAACUUUUAGUGCCAAAGCUCAAUUCAAUCACUAGCAAUAUUUUACAAAUGGGUUGUCAAUUCUAAUGUUAUAAGCAUGACCAUACAAACUAUAUUUAUUGAUUAACUUUAGGGGUUCAAUAUGUAGUCCUUUGAACAAUCAUUUUUGUGCAAGUUCCAAGGACCUACCUCUACUAUAUUGUUGUUUUCCUUUUCCUUGGUUUUGUAUUUUCAAUUAUAAAAUUCCUUUGUAAAAUUUGAGUAACAAAG